GGUGCAGCAACUCUCGAACUCGUCAUUCAGUGUGCGGCGUCGGCAAUACGAGGUAGGAAGGUUCACUGCUGGUGCCUUGGCCCCUCAGAACUUUUUCUCCCUCUCCUUUUUCAAUGGACAGAGCAACGUAUAGAAAACUGCGGUGUUAAAAGGGCACAAUACCUGCAGAUACAUCCGGACCAGUCGACGGUGAUGGGCGAUCAAGAUUUAUCGGACAGUGGGUCAGAAGAACAGCAGGAAGAGCAAGAAGAGCAGCAACCCGUCAAAGAAAAUGGUGUCUACAACUUCUCACAGCUUUCUGCAAGCGUGCAGGCUGUCGUGCGCAUCCGUCAGAAAUACCAGGCCCUCAAGAAGAGGCGUCUGGAGAUAGCCUCCUCACAGGCACAGUCCACCUUUUCUCCUCAACGCUCCACCAGCCCGAAGAUCUUCACCUUCGACGGCCCCGUUGCCAGCCCGACGUUGCUAGAGAAGGAGAAGAGGAAGAAGAAGAAGAGGAAGACGAGGCGGGUUCUGUACCCCAGCGGCCGGGUUCGAAAGGGCGGGCCAAAGCAGGAGCGCAGCUGGGCCAAGAGCUGCCUCUUCUUCCUCAGCAUCAUCCUGUUCCUGCAAGUCUACAACGCCAUAGAGAACCUGGACGACCACGUGCUGAAAUACGACAUGGAGGGUCUGGAGAAGGUCCUGACCAGGGAGGUCUUCGGACAGCACGAGGCAAGGGAGAAUCUUUUAUCACAGUUGAGGGAUUACCUGUUGACCUACGUCCACAGCAAGCCCCUGGUGCUGUCAUUGCACGGCCCGACCGGGGUGGGCAAGAGCCACCUGGGUCGUCUCCUGGCGCAGCACUUCCGCUACAUGGUCGGGGAGCGGCUGGUGCUGCAGUAUUACGUGCGGCACCACUGCCCCUCGGAGGAGCAGGUGCACGCCUGCGUCCAGAGCCUGUCCGCGCUCGUCUCGGAGAUGGUCACGCAGGCGGAGGACGAGGAGAAGAUCCCCAUCUUCGUCUUCGACGAGGUGGAGCACAUGCCCCGGCCGCUGAUGGACAAGCUGCACGAGCUGAUCCACGCCAGCCACACCAACGAGUACCUCAAUGCCAUCUAUGUGCUCAUCAGCAACCUGGGCCAGGACGACAUCACCAAGUUCGUGCUGCACAACUCCUCCAGCACGGCGGCGGAGAGCCGGACACGAGUCAGCCGGGAGCUGGUGCCUCUGCUGCAGCACAGCAUGGUCAGGCAUCACCCGGUCUGGAGGGACGCAGAGAUCUUGCCCCUGAUGCUCCUGGAGAAGUCGCAUGUCAUGCAGUGCUUCAUGGACGAGAUGUCCAGGGAGGGGUUCUACCCGGACCAGGCGCACAUUGAAAGGCUGGCGGGCGAGAUCUCGUACUAUUUCACCGGGGGGAAGGAGUUCUCUCGCACCGGGUGCAAGCAGGUGGUGGCCAAAGUGAAUUUGCUGUGAGGAAUUACCGCGAUUGUUGAACAGCGGUUCUGGAGACCAAAAUAAGACUUUUGUGACAUGCCCCCCUUCUGCACUAUAUUAUACCAGCAGACACUGAAGGUAGUGAAGAAAUUAAAGGAAGAAUAUGAAGGGGGUAGUACAGCAUUUGAAGUAGGGUUUUAGGUCAAAACUGAGCGACUUAUGAACUUCUAUAAAUUGACAUUUCAGUGUAGCACGUUUCACAAUGGAAACAGGCUGGUUAGGCGAUAGUUGACCAGGAAGACUUGGUGUGAUGAGACGCAUAGGCCUACCUCUCCCAAAUUGUAUUUUUCGUAGCCGGUAGGGAUGGAGGCCUAUUGCCAUAGAUAGGCUAUAGUCUAAUAAUGUUAUCCCCUUCUUUUUAGAACUUGUGUUUGAUUGGGACAGCUGAUACAAGUUGGAAUGGAUGUG